AUGUCUAUCGUCGCUUUGGCAGAUGGCUUCCAGUCGAGCGUCACACUCGACGUACUCCACGAUGUCGCCGCGCGAAACAAUAUUCAAAUCAAGUCGAAGACCGAUGAAGAAGCCUACCUCCUCGUUCUACAGUCUGCAGACAUGACCGCUGAUAGCGUGAACAAUCUCCCCGAUUAUGUCGACCCACGGCUAGCUCCUGUGCCUACAAAUGGCGGAAGGAACUUCUGGAAAUCUGAAAAGAACAGCCACAGUGCAUGGAGUCACCAGGCGCAGCUAGUUGCAGAGAAACCCGUCUCCGAUAUAUUAAAAGGCCGAAAAAUCGUGAUGAAGGAUAACAUGUCAAUAGGAGGAUUACCCCACACGUGUGGAACGUUUCCUCAACUUGUCUCGAAAGAUGGCAAAUACCCUCUAGCAAGCAUCGAUGCAACCGUCGCAAGACGUUUGUUGGAAGCUGGAGCGACCAUUGUUGGUACCUCGACAUGUGAGAACUAUUCUCUGACGCCCAUGUCAUACACGUCAGCAAAUGGGCCGGUUCAUAAUCCGUGGCUACGCGACCAUAACACCGGAGGAAGUACAAGCGGAGGCGCUUGUCUCGUAGCCCUCGGAAACGCUCGAGCUGCCGGUGUUCCUGGCCUUGACGAUGCAGGUGAUGAUGUCGACUUGUGCAUGGGCGGAGACCAGGCUGGGAGCAUACGACUUCCAUCUGCGUAUUGUGGUGUAUAUGGUCUGAAGCCUACGCAUGGACUUGUGCCGUAUACUGGCAUUGCAGGGUUGCAUCCGAUGAUUGACUAUACGGGACCUCUGGCUCGGAAACUUGAAGACAUCGCAACCUUACUGACGGUCGUCGCUGGGUAUGACGGGCUUGAUCCUCGAAUGUCUCCUGAGUCUCCGCUGCGGCAGAACGUGGUCGAUUAUGCUGGUCAGCUGAGAGCCGCCGAGAAUCCUGGCAAAGGUCUCAAGGUCGGCAUCAUUACAGAAUCACUUACUUCGCUGGGCACUCAACCUGAAGUGGCGCAGAUCGUCAAAGAUGCGGCAGUGAAACAUUUUGGCGCAAGUGGAGGUACAGUUGAGGAAGUGUCGAUUCCAAUGCAUCUGCUGGGCCCAGCGAUCUGGACGGCUGCCACAAGAACGUACAUGGCAAGCUUAGCCGUAGGUGGUCGUACACCAGACGUCCUCAACCACAAUAUGCCGCAUCUGUCACUCAGGUGGCCCCCAGACCAGGAAAUGUUUGAGCUUUUGACGGCUUCUAAUCCUGCAGUGGUCAAUAUACUGUUUUGUGAGACGUUCCUGAAGGACAAAUUUGGGCCUAGUGCACAAGCCAAAGCUCAUCGACACGUGUUUGAGCUUCGAGCAGCAUACGACAGGGCACUGGAAGACUACGACGUUCUGAUCACGCCUACGACGCCUUCCGUUGCACCGCCACAUCCAGAUCUGCGUCCUGAAAGUCUGGGUGGGAGCUCUGUAAUGGAUAAGAUCAAGCUCGCAGUCGGCGCGACCAACAACACAGCGCCUUUCAAUACCUCGGGCCAUCCUGCACUGAACGUUCCUUGUGGGUGGGCCAAGGCACGGAGUGGAAAGGGUUGGCUUCCUGUCGGAAUGCAGGUAGUUGGCAGGCGAUGGGACGAUCUUGGUGUAUUGAAGGCCGCGAAAGCCUUUGAACUUGGUGGCGGCGGAUUAGGUACGUGGCCAGGCCUGGAUGGUCAUUGA